UUGUCGUGACCAGCAGCGUACUUGCGACGAGCAGUCAAUGGAAUUAAUAGUAUUUAUAUGGACUGGUAAUGCUGCAGAAGGAAGGUUGACCGGGCUCAUAACUGUCGCACGGUUGGGUGUGGUGCUGCAGGUAUGGGAUAUUAAGAAAUGUGUGUGUGAUGGAUGUUGUAUUGUUCUGGCAUCAUAGCGCAGCUUAUAUGUAGGCCCUCGCACGGCACGAUUUGUAAUAGAGUUCAGGUUCACGACAGCGCUUGGCCUGCGACAGAAACUAUAGCGUUGAUUCAGGGUGCAGAGCGCAUCAAGGACAAGUAUUGGGAGAAGGAGGAUAACAGAUGCACAAAGGCAACAGAGUGCCUGUGCUGCAAUUGCAGACCAAAAAAAAUGAAAUGUUGCGGUGCAAGUCGGUCCGACAGGCCUCGAUCGUCACCUUUGUUGACUACCUUGGGCUAGCUUAGCACGUCUCAGGGCAUGUAUAUACGGUCGCCUCCUAGCUAGCAAGCAACUCGGCGCAGUUUUCCAUCGAUAUACAGCGGCUACGUUUGCCGCAACAUGAAA